AGAAGCAGAGGAGGCUUCCCAGACUCUAACCAUCUUCUUCCCCCUGCCACAUGUUCCUGUCUCUCAUCUGUGUCUUACUGGGAACCCUGAAGACCUGAGCACAGGGAGGGCCUCUGCUGAAGAGCUAAGGACCCCUAGGUGCCGAAUGACUAUUUUUUACUUGAUCCCUCCAUCAAGAAGAUAAAGUUUCAACUAUUUUUUACUUGACCCCUCCAUCAAGAAGAUAAGAUGGACCCUGUACAGAAGGCUGUGCUGUCCCAUACUUUUGGGGGACCCUUGCUGAAGACCAAGCGGCCCAUCAUUUCCUGUAAUGUCUGUCAGAUCCGCUUCAAUUCUCAGAGCCAGGCUGAGGCGCACUACAAGGGCAAUCGCCAUGCCCGGCGAGUAAAAGGCAUUGAGGCUGCCAAGACCCGAAGCAGGGAGCCUGGCAUCCGGGAACCUGGAGAUCCAGCUCCCCCAGGCAGCAACCCCCCAAAUGGAGAUGGCGUAGCACCCCAUCCAGCAACAGUUUCCACGGAAAAUGGAAUGGGUCCAGCCCCAGGAUCCCCAGAAAAACAGCCUGGUUCCCCAUCCCCUCCCAGCGUUCCUGAGACUGGUCGGGGUGCAACCAAGGGUGAAGGGGGGACCCCAGCUCCAGCUUCCCUGCCUGGGGGUAGCAAAGAAGAAGAGGAAAAGGCCAAGCGGCUGCUCUACUGUGCUCUGUGCAAGGUGGCUGUGAAUUCCCUGUCCCAGCUUGAGGCUCAUAACAAAGGUACUAAACACAAGACAAUUCUGGAAGCACGAAGUGGGCUAGGCCCUAUCAAAGCUUAUCCUCGCCUUGGACCCCCCACCCCCGGGGAGCCAGAGGCCCCAGCCCAGGACCGAACCUUCCACUGUGAGAUCUGCAAUGUCAAGGUCAACUCGGAGGUCCAACUGAAACAGCACAUCUCCAGCCGGCGGCACCGAGAUGGCGUGGCCGGGAAACCCAACCCGCUUCUGAGCCGUCACAAGAAGCCUAGGGGCGCAGGAGAGCUGGCGGGCACGCUGAGUUUCUCCAAGGAGCUGCCCAAGUCCCUGGCCGGCGGUCUGCUCCCCAGCCCUCUAGCGGUGGCUGCGGUGAUGGCGGCGGCAGCAGGCUCCCCACUGUCCCUGCGCCCGGCCCCAGCCGCACCUCUUCUCCAGGGACCGCCGAUCACGCACCCCCUGCUCCACCCGGCCCCCGGGCCCAUCCGAACUGCGCACGGACCCAUCCUGUUCUCCCCCUACUGACCUCAACCCUGAACCUCCUCCCACUCUAUCCCCCACCUCCAGCCGGGACCCAGGCCUCCGGGCUCCCAGCCCGCCCUUCCUCCUGGCACUCCCUGAAUGAUCUCUCUCCUUCCCCCCCACCCCGAGGUACGGGGUUCCAGGAAUGGGGAGGGGUAGUGGGGGAGGGGGGCUUCAGAAGGGGGGGAUACCCCAGAUCUCAGGGAACCCCGCCCCCUGCCCUUCCUUCUCCCCUGAAAAGGGGGGGCCGUCUCACCCUCGACCCCCCUUGGAGACACCCCCCCCAAAAGCCAUGUCCAUCCAGCCCUUCCCCCUCAAACCUAGCACAAAACGGGGUUCACAAGCCAUGGUCGGGGUCCAGGGGGCAGAAAUGGAUUUUCUUGGCAAUAAGCGGACUCUGGAACUCCGGCCCUCUACCCCCAAACUGAA